UCGGCCGGCCGCGUCGCCGCCAUGGAGUCGUCCUGGAACAUGGAGAAGUCGCCCUACGACCUCCUGGGCGUCAGCGAGGACGCGACGGACGGGGAGAUCAAGACGGCCUACCGGGACCUGGCGAAGCUGUUCCACCCCGACCGGAACCACGGCAUGGCGUCGACGAAGGAGCGGGCGGACCACUUCGUGAAGAUCAAGAAGGCCUACGACGUGCUCAGCGACCGGGGCGCGCGCCGACUCUACGAC